AUGGGCCCUAAUACGAAGAAGAUUAAUUUGCCUGUAGUGUUCAUUCGUAAUGACAACCUUCUUCUCUUAAAUAUAUUGCCGCUGGACGGGGGAGGAAAACUAAAGACAAUCUACGCUGUGUGUGCGUUUUUUAAUCGCGCCCUCCAACGUCUUACUGCUCACAUACCUCAGGAGGUGUUCUUGUUGGCUGUAGUAGGGUGCGUGAGCGCAGCUCGGCUAGACCAUCUUGUGCCUUCGGGCUACGCCGGCGCCCGCGCAGGCUACGAUGCCACGCCCUUCCAUUUCGAAAAUGUUAACAACGGCGAUGGGAACUAUCGUUACAGACAAAAUUUCAGCUAUGAUACUCCAGAAGGCAGUUCAGCCCACGAGAGCGGCGCCCCUCGCGCGCCCGGCCCCGAGGGUCUCGCGGUAACAGCUGAAGGUGGUUUCUCCUUCCGCACUCCUGACGGUCAGCAGGUCUCGCUCACGUACACUGCUGAUGAGAACGGCUUCCACCCCACCGGUUCCCAUCUCCCCACUCCGCCGCCCAUCCCAGAAGCUAUCCUGCGCUCCCUCGAGUACAACAGGCAACAUCCUUCUCCUGACGGAGGAUCUUUCAACGGUGGUCGCAAUUACUACUGAUCUCUUUGAUAUUUGAUGACGUCACCGGUACCUCUAAUGCUCGCGGACUGUGAUAUCGAGAUAACAUAUUAUUUUGUGUACAAUGAUUCUAUUUAUUAAGUAAUGGUGUAUUUGAUGUAGCUGUUAUCUAAUGAAACAGAUUUUAAUAAAGAACAUGUUUCUCUGA